UGAAAUAAAUUAUGUAGUUGAAACCAACCACACUGAGAGACACAGAAUUCCAUCUCCACACAUUGGAAAUGUCACUACUGCGGAGCGCAUAUCUCUUCUUCUACAAUCUCGCCCAAGCAUUGGGAUGGGCUUUAUCUCUGUUCAGAAUUUUGAGCAACUUGUCUUCCUCCAAGUCAACCAAUGGCGCCUUCUCUUCUGCCGGUCAACUAAUCUGCAUUUUGCAAAGUCUUGCCUUCUUGGAAGUUAUUCAUGGGGCUGUUGGAAUUGUGCCGAGUGGUGUGUUGCUUCCUCUGAUGCAAUGGGGAGGAAGGACUCACUUUUUGUUUGCUAUUGUUCGUCGAAUUUCAGAGGUGCAGGAACUACCGUCGGUUUUCAUCACAUUUGUUGCUUGGGGUGUAUCUGAGGUGAUCAGGUACUCACAUUAUGCACUCUACUGCAUCGGCAGUUCACCAAAAUGGAUCACUUUAAUCAGGUACAAUGCAUUCAUAGUCUUGUACCCUAUUGGAGUUUUUCCUGGUGAAAUGUGGCUUAUGUACCAAGCGCUUCCCUUCAUAAAGAAGGAAAAUCUAUAUGCAUAUAGCCAUCCAUUCAGCUACUACAACUUCGUGCUGCUUCUUCUUUUCUGCUAUCCAUUUUUGUGGUUGAAACUUUACCUUCACUUAUUCAAGCAACGUCGAUCCAAACUUGGAAAACAAGAAAAGAAGAAGCGAAGCUGAGAAUAGAUCAUUAUUAAUCAAUCUGCUGCCUCAAAAAAGGUAGCGUUAGUGUUUAUUUCCUCUUGCUUAUCCUGACACUCAAACAGAGUGAACAAAUAGAUCGUUAUAAAUCCAUUUGAAUUUGUUGUUCUUAGUCCA